AUGAUGACGAUGUCGACUAUGGCACAGAAUCUCUCAUUCGGAGCAGACAACUUCUAUCGCAGCAACAACGUCACCUUAACCCCCAUCAGUUUCCCAACACUUUACCACUCCGACGUCGCUGGCAACAUCUUCGUUCCACACGAUCUCAACCGUACCGAUGCACCAGCCAUCAUUGUUGGCCACCCUUUCGGUGCAACGAAGGAGCAGAGCGCAAACCUCUACGCUCAAAAGCUAGCAGAGCAGGGCUUCGUCACCGUGUCCCUCGAUCUUCCGUUCUGGGGCAUCAGUGCAGGCACACCGCGCAAUGCCGUUCUGCCCGACCUCUAUGCAGAGGCAUACAGCUCCGCGGUAGAUUUCCUCGGCACGCAAGAAUUUGUCGAUCGAGAGAAGAUUGGCAUUGUUGGUGUUUGUGGCAGCAGCGCAUUCGUCAUCAGUGCUGCCAAGAUUGAUUCCCGGAUCAAAGCUGUUGCAACAGUCAGCAUGUACAACCAUGGCAUGCUCCAUCGCACUGGCUUAGGGAACUCCCGAAACCUCACACAACGCCAGGACUUCAUCGCCGCAGCAAACGCACAGCGCUGGGCCGAAGUAGAUGGCAGCUCUAUCGCCCACACCGAUGGCGCACCACACACGACAAACUCAACUCCGGUCGGGCUUGAAUUCUAUGACUUUUACCGCACUCCUCGCGGGGAGUACACGCCCGAUGGUAUCUCACGGAACAUCACUACCGAUCCAACGACGUCGAGCAAUGUCAAGUUCAUCAAUUUCUACCCGUUUGAGGAUAUCGAGUCCAUCUCGCCUCGUCCAAUGAUGUUCGUUGCGGGUGAUCAGGCGCAUUCGAAAGAGUUUAGCGAGAUUGCUUUUGCGAGGGCGGGGGAGCCGAAAGAGAUGGUCUGGGUACCGAAUGCUGGGCAUGUUGAUCUUUACGAUCGCGUAGAGCUCAUUCCGUUUGCGACGCUCACGACGUUCUUUCAGGAAAGUCUACAGUAG